AAUCAAAAUGAGUGUAAAUUGUAUAUGAGACAUGGGAAAUUCAGUGGCGUCUCGUCCAUAGGUCCACUGCGUUCACUACACAGUUGAUCAACAACUAAAAUAAAUCACUAUAAUGUCAACAUUUUGCUACAAACGACAUAAACUACUCAUUCGAUCCUUUUGAUGUUCACAACUUCAAGUGAACAAACCACUAUGAAAUACUAGUGCGUAUCCAAUAGGAAUCAAGUAAAUUUUCCAACUUAUGGGCCGUUUACAUAUUUGCUAGUCCUUGGCGACAAUUCACUUUGGGAUAAUUAAUUGUCUGCUAAUAGUGUUCACAUUGGUGCUAAUAUUUUAGCUACUAAUUUACAAUGCUAAUAGAAAAUUCAAGCGGUAGAGUAUCAGUUUCGUUCAAAAUGGCGUCGAAUGAAGAUGGUUUCGCGAACGCGUUGAAUAUUGUGUGUGAUUUGGUGGAAGAGGAAAUUUUGAAAACAACAUCGAUUCGGAAGAAACGGAAGCGCUCGAAACGGAAAGUGUGGGUCAGACCAUGGAUUGCACGUCGAAAAAAUCUUGGAUUCAGCGCCACAUUACUUUCCGAGAUCAGAGAAGAGGACCCAAAAUCCUAUCGAAAUUUCUUACGCAUCAGUCCGGAAAAAUUUGACGAAUUAUUGAACCUGGUUGAGCCAUACAUAACAAAAAGUGACACAUUCUUCCGCGAAGCAAUACCGGCAAAAGUGAAACUGGAGGUAGUCCUAGCUUACCUAGCCACCGGAUGCAGUUUUGGCAUGUUGGAAGCCUGUUUUCGCAUACCCAAGCCGACAAUAUCGAAGUUUCUUGUGCCAGUGCUUCAGAGUAUUUCUAAGGUUCUCGGAAAAUACAUGAAGGUUUGUAAUAAAAGGUAUCCUGUUGAUGUAUUUUCUACCUAAAAAUAAAAAAUUUCAGGCACCCUCCACAUCCGACGAAUGGCAUGCGGUUUCAAAUGGAUUCGACAGAAAAUGGAACUUCCCCAAGUGUUGCGGUGCUUUGGACGGGAAACACAUCCGAAUUCAAUGUCCUCCUUGUAGUAAUAGCAACUACUUCAACUACAAAGGCUACUUCAGUACGAUUCUGUUUGCCCUCGUGGAUGCAAAUUACAAAUUCAUGUACGUUGAUAUUGGCAAAAAUGGCCGAGUCAACGACGCUUCUAUCUUUCGUAACUGCAGCUUGAAGAAGGGUAUUGAAAACGGAACGAUUGGAUUUCCACGCGGAAGUAUUUUGGUUGGAGAUGAUGCUUUUCCGUUGUCAGCUUAUCUGUUGAAACCGUACUCGCAUCAUGGAUUAUUGACAGCAGCAGAAAUAAUAUUCAACUACAGACUCUCGCGUGCCCGGAGAGUUGUGGAAAACGCAUUCGGAAUACUUGUGUCACGUUUCCGAAUUUUCACACGACCGAUUGAUUUGAUUCCCGAGAAGGUAGAUGAGAUUGUGAAAGCUGCUUGUAGUUUACACAAUUGGUUGCGGGAAACAAGUCCAACUACAUAUUUCCCAUUUGGAUGUGUCGACCACGAAGACUUGGAAACUGGUGAAACUAUUCCAGGAACAUGGAGGAACGAAAUAUCAGAGCUGGAAUCAAUGCAACCAUCCAGCUCCAGAAACUACACUAAAAAUGCAGCGUCAAUUCGAAACGCCUACAAGAAGUACUUCAUGGGUCCAGGUGCCGUUGAAUGGCAGUGGAAGCAACUGAACCGCAAAAAAUAAGACAGAUCAAGUUCAUGGUCAUGGUUAAUCAAUAACACAUAUCAUCAUUACACAUGUCAUUCAACAAUGAGAAAUAAAAUAAUUGGUUCACAAUUUUGUAGCAGUAGUUGCGACAAGAAAAUAAUCAAAAAUUAUAUUGCGCUUCAGGAUAAGUAGAUCACAAAAGUAUGAAAAUUUUAUUACAUACUUAUGAGAAGGUUUCUCUUAAUUUAGUAGGAAGAGAGUUCAAAGAAUGCUUAACUGAUGCAGGCUGCCUAACUUUGGGAAAAAAUCUUCUAAGAAUUUUCUUAGGAACUUUCAGGACUUUGUGAGGAAAGUGCCUUGAUUUUGCCUUAAUAUUCUGUUAGUUAAUACAGGUUAAUACGUUUUAAACUCAUCAAACGUUAAUUCAAUAAUAUUUCGGAUCAACAGAAAUACGCUACAUAGGGUGAGCGACAAUUUAGGAGGGGGUUCUAUUGUGUACACUUCCCUGCUACACAGUUAGAUGCUGCUCCUAUCUUACCGUGCACAAAAAAUAAAUACAAUCAUUGUUGAAAAACUGACCCGUGCAAUAGCGGAAUGUCAAAAUAGGAUCCCUUGAUCAAAUGAACCCGUACCCUACCUACCAACAUACCACUUGCAGCGAGCCACCAGCCAGCAUCAGAGACCAAAACCAAAAAAUCCAUUCGUAGGUUUACCUGUCUAUAGACACUUAUGUUUUGUUAGGAUUGUUCCUGUUCAAAGCAGAGAAUUUGUUAUAGCUGUUCAAAGGGCAAUUGCAGCCACACAUUCCGGAAUGCCCUGUACUUUGGGCAGUUUUGCUAAAAACGAAGACAUAGUUGAUGAAAAUGAGAAUUAUAGCUACUAUCAGUAAUGAAUUUACCCCACACACAACCCUUGAAAUCGUGGAUUUCUUAUCAAAGCUAUUUAUGGUGAACGUAAA